AUGAGUGACCCGGUAUUCUGUCAGUUUAAACAUAUACCGUCGAAGAGAGCUGGAGAACAACUUGCUUCUAAUAUCGAAAUUUUUGUACGGCCGAAAAAAUUCGAUAAGAAAGGUAUAAGUAAUUGCGGUGAAGAUGGAAAUGGUACAAUUAACUUUACAUUGACACGUGACGAGGCUAAUAAAGUUCGUGAUCAACUUGCACAAGUGCUACCGAAUGAAAACUCAACUGUUUGGUUUAAUAUUCUUUCGAAUCCUCUUGAUUCACUUAGGCCACGUUCAUUGGUAGCAACUACGACUGAUGUUCAUCAGCAAGAAACAACAUUUUCUGCAUCAUGUCAGUUUGGUUCACUUCGAUCAUAUAAUCAAUUUUAUUCUCAUGUUUCAUUCAAUGGUCAAAUUGUUCAACUUUCGUUCAUACUAUUAAAAUCAAUACCACAUACCCUGCAUAUUGAAUUCGACGAUAAACGUAUUGUUAUUCCAUUUGUUUCAAUUCAGAAAAAGAAUAUUUUAGUUAACAAAGACAACACAGAAAAUGGAAUCUAUGUUCUACUUCCACUUAAAUAUUCACCGAAUGUUUAUCGGAUGGAACCAAUCAAAGAUGAAGAUAAAACUACUAAAAAUUCAAAUAGGACACCAGUUCGACUGUGUAGUGAUGAACGAAAUGGUGAUUUUAUCAAAGAUAUUCCACAAUGUUCUGAUUUGGUUUUAUAUUUUGUACCACCAAAAGAAAGAGCUUGGGUGUUUCUUUCUUAUUUUCUAACCGAUCGUCCUGAGCGAUAUCACAUAAAUUUUUCUACUUUCAAAAUAUCGGACUGGUCAAAAGAGUUUAAUAAAAAUCAAAGACCUGAUCCGUUUAGUUAUAGAAAUGCAUCGUUUCAAGAUCGUUAUGCGUUACAAAUGCUUAUUUCACUUGGAUUUGUAUUUCGAGAUAAAUGGGCACAACUGACUGAUCAAGAACUGAACUGGAAUAGAUGGAAUGUGGACGACCGUUAUACUUUAUGUUGUUAUACGCUGGAACAAUUAAAGAACGAUCAUGGAUAUGAUUUAUCGCGAACUGCCAAAGAUUAUAAUGAAACGAGAAAAACAGCUACCGAAGCAGAUGGUAAUAUGAACGGACAAGUAAUGUUAGUUGAAAACAAACAGCGACUUCAAGUUGCUGUUUGUACAUUAACACCACUAAAAAUCAGUUUUCAACCACUUGAAGUUACAACUGGAAAUCGAGCAUUAAGAAACCCUGAAUUUGGUGGUGCAGAACGGUUUCUUCUCGUACAUUUUCGUGACGAAGAUAAUCGACGAUUACGUGUUUCCAGUUCAAAUAUCAAAUCUAGAUUGAAAAGCGCAAUGCUCAAUGGAAUUGAAUUAUUGAAUAAAACUUUCAAAUAUAUGGGUGCGAGCACAGGUCAGAUGAAGGAAAUGGGUUUUUGGUUCAUUGAUUUACCUCGGAAUUUGAAAGAUAUGAAAGACGCACAUGAUCUACUAGGAAAGUUCGAUACAAUAAAAAACAUCGCUACAUAUAUUGCACGUGUUGGUCAAUACUUCUCCACCACAUGGCCUAUUGGUAUUAGGUUGACUAAGGUAGAAAGUAAAAAUGAUAUACGUCCAAAUGGUGACCUGUUUUAUGUUUAUGAAGAGAACGAUAUUAAGCGAAAAAGUGUGGACGGAAUUGAAUAUUGUUUUACAGAUGGUAUCGGUAAAAUAUCAUGGGGUUUAGCUGGACGUGUAGCCCAAAGAAUGAAUAUUUCCUUAAGUAGCAAGGACGAUAUUCCAUCAGCAUAUCAAAUACGUGUCGCUGGUUGUAAAGGUAUGGUAGCUAUUGAUCCAGAAUCCACAAUGAAUGACUAUUACAUUUCUGUACGUGAUUCAAUGAUAAAAUUUCCAAGUGAUGAUUGGAAUCUGGAAAUAUGUGAAUUUGCUCGACCAAUGACAUUAACACUAAACAAUCAAGUAAUUCGUCUUCUAAGUGAUUUGGGAAAUCCUGAUGAUGUAUUUAUUGCCUUUCAAAAUCGAGGAUUUACUCAAUUGGAAGUUCCUGAAGAUCAACAACCGAGUGCGAUCGAUAUUGCAGUACAGAAAAAUGCUUCUUAUUCAUUAUCGAAAGACAAUUUAAUUACAAAUCGUAUACCGAUUCCACCAAAAGACGGACGAAAUUUAUUUGGUAUAGCAGACGAAACUGGUGAACUAAAAUACGGUGAGUGCUUUAUACAAUGCUCCGAAUUAGAUGCAGCAAAUAAUGGUCAACGAAAAUUUCGUGUGAUUACUGGCACAGUCCUCGUUACAAAAAAUCCAUGUCUAUGGCCUGGUGAUUUUCGGCGACUGCAGGCUGUUCGUAAUGAUAAAUUAGAAGAAUGUAUGCGUGAUGUGAUCGUAUUUCCAAUUAAUGGCAAUCGUCCACAUCCAAAUGAAAUAGCUGGUUCCGAUUUAGAUGGGGAUCAGUACUGGGUUUAUUGGGGUGAUCGUUUAAGAAUAGAACAGCAUGUUGAACCUUUAUCAUAUGAAGGAGUACCAAAAGCAGAAGUUUCAUUAAUUAAUCAAGAGAUCAUUGUUAAUCAUAUUGUUGAAUCAUUUAGCGCUGGUGUCAUCUUGGGUAUGAUUGCAAAUACUCAUACUGUUGUCGCAGAUCGACACGAAAAACAUUCGUUCUCAAAACCUUGUAAAAAAUUAGCUGAAUUAUUUGCACUUGCUGUCGAUUCACCUAAGACCGGAAAAUUUGUUGACAAAACAGAAAUUCGACCAUUUCAAGCAGAAUAUUGUAAAAGUUCACCAAAAUUUAUGAGAAAAUUUGGUGAACCAACGUAUGAAUCAACAAGUGUCUUAGAAAAACUUUUCAUAAGAGCUGAAAGUAAAUAUCAUGAAUGGCACGAAAAACCGGUGAUAAGGGCUUUUCCGCAAAAUGUGAGAGCAAUUAAAGAUCCAAAAGCAGCUGAAAUUCAAGAUAAAGAAUUUAAAAGAUGGCUUGAUGGAAAGAGCUAUCAUGAAGCUGCGAACGCUAGGAGAUCUUCGAGAAAACCAUUUAACGAGUCUGAUAAUAAAGAAUCACAAGAUAAUAAUGCGUCAACCACCCGAAAAAAAACAGAAAAAACUAGUAAACGUCCUGCAGCAGCGGAUAAUUCACAAUCAGAAGCGAAAACCUUUACACCUAAAUUAUCGGAAGAUCUAUCAGGUCGACCAGAAACACCAACAAAAGCAAAACCUACAACAAAUAGAAAGGCAAAAACCACUCCUGAAGAAGAAAAGUCUAAUAUACUCAUGAAUUCUCAUGCUACAGGAUGUACUGCGUCAUCUCUCCCCUCAUCUAUAGCAUCCCCAGAUAGUGAUCUUUGUCAACCAGAUCUUCUCAUAGCUGUUACUGGAAUGACUUCAACUGCAAAUGUUGUUCAAUUUUCUCCUGUGACUGGAACAACUAUGUACACAGUUAAUUUGAGUAAAGAAAUAACAAACACUCCUGAUCGAGACUCGACAAUAGGUAAAGUAACGGCGUACAUGGAAAAACAGGAUGUUUUCAAGAAAAGAACAUCUCCAUACAAAGAAGCAAUACAUGGACCACUUUAUUUUGUGGUCUUCUAUGGUCAUAUAUAUUUUGUUGAACAAAACCCAAUGCCUCAGAAACUUGGUAAAUUACAAGAACUUAUCAAAGAAAAAAAUGAUCAGUUCAUUCGUUUUAAUUAUGCUGAUACCGAUCGCUUACACACUCGAAGAGUAUCAACAUCAACGACAAUGAAAAAUAAAAUAGAUUAUGAAUUUGACUGCCAGUUAACUUCAGCUCCGUCAGAACAUUACACAUUGUUGUAUGAUAAAAAUAAAACACUUCGACAAAUACGUGUCUAUCGCCUAUGGUCAAAAUGUUAUGUACGUCAACCAGCUUUUAAUACAGAUAGCCUGUAUGAAAUUCGUUCUGCUAUUACACAUGAUUCAGACUCAUCAGAAUUUGACAGAAUCAUUGCUUUAAUCCUACGAACUCAAUCAAUUGGAUUAUUCGAUGGUCGUAAACCGAAUAUUAAAAUAAAUCGUAAUCUUCUUCACCCGUCAGUCGUACCAAUCAGUCUCAAAGUUAUCGAAGAAGAUCAAGAAACUCGAAUAAAUUCAUCGACAAUUGAAGCUUUCUAUCGAAGCGUAAAAUACGUAUCAAUCGAUGAACAACAAGAUAAGCCGAAAGUAAUCUCAGCUAUGGAAUAUCAUGCCUCACCGAUUAUUAAGGACCCUGAGAUUUUGAAACGAGUCUGUGGUUUUGCUUUGUCACUAACAGAGGAAUAA